AUGAAUUUUUCAUUAUCAGUAAGGACAGAACAGCAAAAUAGACGUUUAUCGCGAGGUCAUACUUUAAAAAAAAACAUUAAUUCAACGGCCAUUCUCAGUGGUUCAAAUGAAUAUUUUAUUCUGGAUCGUUUUGAAAGACCUUUAGUUGAAUUGGAGAAAUCUUUUAAUAAUUUAUCAGAACAUUUUAAAAACAUUAAAAAAGUCCAAGCAUCUUUAGAUGAAUUUAAUAAGUCCUUUUCAGGUUUCUUAUAUGGAAUUAAAAUGAAUGCUCAUUGUGUUGAAUUUUCUGAGGCUCCAACAAAGGAAACGUUUGCAUCUUUUAUCAAAAGACAACAAGAUUUACAGUGGAUGGCAAUUCUCAGAACCCCACUUAAUAUCACUACAUACGAUAAAACUCCUCGCAGUAAAGCUACUACUGUUAAAAAUAUAUCUAUACCAAAAUUGCAAACCACUCCUGCACCGAAAUUUCAAAAACCGCGUAGAAGAAAAAUUAAUAAAGAAACAGAAAUCAAGGGCGUGGUUAAAAAAAUUGUUGAAUCUUUGCCACAAAAAUAUCGGGGGAAACAGCAAUCAAAUCGUGGAAAUGUUGAAGCUAUUCUCAAACUUUUGUGUUUAAAACCAACUGAAGGAUUGUAUAUGGAAGAAGUUAUUCAACGUACAAAUUUAACACGAUCCAGAUGUUGUGAAUAUCUUAAUGCUUUGGUUAACAGUGGUCAUGUGAUCAAAAUUAGUAAGAAAGGUCAAGUGUUUAAACUGGAUCCUACGGAAUAUGCUGAUUUCAUUCAUAUAAUGAACAUUUGA